CGCAAGGUGAGGCGGACAGUAUUUGCAGUUUUGACCUCAUGUCCUCGGACCGUCGAUCGCGGACGCAGUCGCGGGAGCGCAGCGAUGUGCCCAACACGAACGUCGGCAACAACCUCUACAUCGCCAACCUCCCCAUCAAGAUGAACCAAGAAGAAAUCAACGCGGUCUUCUCCAAGUACGGUCGGCUCUCGCGCGUCGACCUCAUCUCGGACCCCGUGACGCACGAGUCGAGAGGGUUUGCCUUUGUCACGUUUGAAGACAAGCGUGACGCUGACGACGCGAUCGCUGGCCUGCACGAAACCGAGAUCAUGGGCCGCCGCAUCCGCGUGGAAGCUGCCAAGCGUGCGCGUGGCCACCCCAAGACGCCCGGCCAAUACCUUGGCCCGCCUGGCGCGAGCUCGCGUCCGCGCUACAACGAGCCCCGCGGUCGCAGCGGUGAUCGUCGCCGCAGCCGCUCGCGCUCGCCGUACCGCCGGCGUGAACGCUCGCGCUCGCGCGGCCGUGACCGUGACCGCUCGCGUGAUCGCCGCCGCUCGCGCUCGCCCGUCCGGAAGGAGCGCUCUCGCUCCCGCGACCGCCGUGGCAGCUCGCGCGACCGUCGCCGCGAUUAGACCUUUCGGCUCGUAUGUAUGUAUAUCGUUUCUUAAUCUCCAUAUUAAGGAAGCGCACGACCGACCUACGCAAAUGCGGUUUGGCGAUAUACCACC